AUGGCCGACUACCACGGCGACCCGCGAGGUCACCACUCCAACAACUACCAACGCGAUGCCGCCUUCUCAAACAUUUUCGGCGCCGCUCCCCCGCCGGGACGCUCCCAGACCAUGACCUCCUCUUCGAUGCCUCCUCAGAUGAUGCCUCAGCACCAGGGCAGGACACAGACAAUGUCUUCUUCCUCCAUGUCGAGCAUGCAGCGACAACCCCCGCCGAGACAGCCUCAGGGCGGUUACGACCCGAACCCUCCGAGAGGGGCUUCGUUGCAGAACGGCUACCCGGGACAGCGCUCCGCCUCUGGCGGCUAUCAAGUGCCCAACCCUCAACAAUACAUGCCGCAACAGCAGGCUCGUCGCCCGUAUCCUGGCCCUCCGGCACCUGUUCCUCAACGCGGCGACAUGCGAGGACCGCCCCCGCAAGGGCAAUAUGGCGCGCCAAGGUCUCAGGCACAAAGGUUUUAUCAAGGAGGAGGACCAGCACCGGCGAUGAAUAAUGAUUCGUACCGCUCACAGUCUCUUGCCUCCACCCCGAGGCCAAAUAUGUACCAACCUGCUCCCGGGAACUACGGUUCGCAGCCGAAUCAUCAAGCUGCGGCCAAUGCCUUUCGUCAUGCUCCGUACAACCCGAGUUCGGCCCGAACUACGGCGCAAGGACGGGUCGUUCCCGAACGUCACGAUGAUCGAGCCAUGUCAAUGACUGGAUACCCUCCGCAAGAUCGCGACUUGCAUCAACACCAGAACUCGCACCAGACGAUGAGCGGCCGAGUCAUUCCGAACAGAAGAGCACCGGUGGAGCUGCCGGCGACCAAUGGCAGCUUUGGAGGAGGCUACACACCAGCGCCAGGGUCUCAGACGAGGACGGUGAGCAUGGCCUCCUCCAAUGGAGAUUCACAGAGGACCAUGUCAAUGGCGUCCACCAUCGCGCCCACGAUAACACCCUCGGAUUCCGACGCCGCAACGCUGGCACAUAGGCCCUCCAUGAGCAAGUCUAUCGACGGCAGUGAACGGCCACCGACGGCCAAGAUCCGACCUCCUCUGGUAUACCCUGCGCUGCUGUCGAGAGUAGCAGACUGUUUCCGACAGAAGAUCAUCACAGGCGACAGAACGAAGAACGAGCUCACGUAUAAGAACGCCUUCAGCGGUGCCGAGGCGGUAGAUGUUUUGUCAUAUAUUAUCAGGACGACCGACAGAAACCUGGCCUUGCUACUGGGACGAGCGCUCGAUGCCCAAAAGUUCUUCCACGACGUCACUUACGAACACCGCUUGCGCGACUCUACAUCAGAAAUGUACCAGUUCCGAGAAACCAUGAUGGAAGAGCCUGAAGAAAAGGUCCCUGUCAACGGUGUCUUCGUCCUCCUCUCUGAAUGUUACUCUCCCACCUGCACGAGAGACCAGCUUUGCUACUCUAUUGCCUGCCCCCGCAGACUGGAGCAAGUGUCCCGAUUGAACCUGAAGAUUCAGCCCGGCCUGAAGAAGGAAGCCGAGGCUGCCACGAACGAAGAUGACAUCGAUCAGACAGACGAACAGAAGCUCUGGAUCAACUCCGUGCCGAAGGAGAUCGCCGAGAGCGUUGGUGACAGGGAAAAGAAGAGACAGGAGGUUAUUUCGGAAAUUUGCUACACCGAAAGAGACUUUGUCAAGGAUUUGGAGUAUCUCCGCGACUUUUGGAUUCUUCCUCUGCGCUCCAAGGCUUCUCCUAUUCCUGCGGCCAAGAGAGAAAAGGUUGUCAAGGCUAUAUUUAGCAACAUUGUCGACCAUCCUAGUCUUCACCAAGUGAGCUCGCGGUUCGCCAAGUCGUUGACGGAGAGACAAAACAAGCAUCCUGUCGUUGGUAACGUCGGAGACAUCUUCCUCGAAUGGGUCCCUCAAUUUGAGCCUUUUAUUUGGUAUGGUUCCAAGCAGCUGGAGGCCAAGUUUGAGUUUGAGAAUGAGCGUUCAUCGAACCCGUACUUUGCCAAAUUCGUCGACGAGAUCGAGCGAAGGAAAGAGUCGCGAAAGCUGGAACUCAACGGUUAUCUCACCAAGCCGACGACCCGUUUGGCUCGUUACCCGUUGCUGCUGGAGAACGUGCUCAAGUACACCGAGGACGGUAACUCGGACAAGGAAGACAUUCCAAAGGUGCUCAAAUUGAUUCGCGACCUCUUGAGCAGAGUCAAUGCCGAAUCAGGAAAGGCAGAGAACAGAUUUAACCUGAGAAGGUUGCAUGAGCAAUUGCGCUUCAGACCGAACGAGAGGGUUGAUCUGAGACUGACGGAGGAAGGUCGCGAGUUGGUGUUCAAGAGUCAGCUGAAGAAGACACCGCAAGACGCGUCUGAGAUCACGGCUUUCUUGUUUGACCACGCGGUGUUGUUGGUGAGAAUCAAGCAAGCGGGCAAGGGGGAGGAAAUCAAGGCGUACAGAAGGCCUAUCCCCUUGGAACUCCUUGCCAUUCGAGAAAUGGAGGAAGUCAUCCCCGGUUCUGGUGGCAUGAAGCGUUCGUCGUCUAGCUUGCUACCAGCGCUUCGGGCCAACACAAAUGACAGCAAGAAGGGAGAAGGCUGGCCCAUCACGUUUAGGCAUUUGGGUAAGGCCGGCUAUGAGCUGACGUUGUAUGCUUCAAACCAAGCGGCACGUAAGAAGUGGCUGGAGUUCAUCGACACCGCUCAACAGAAGCUGAGAGCCCGCGCCGACUUCUUUAACACAAGCGUCAUCUCUGCAGGAUUCUUCGUUGGCACUAACCAGGUCAACUGUGUUACUCCCUACGAUGGUGGCCGAAAGUUGUUGUACGGCACGGACAACGGUAUUUACUUGUCAGAUCGAAAGAGCAAGGAGGCCAUUCCGAAGCGAGUCAUCGAGACGACAAGCGUCACCCAACUGGACGUUCUGGAAGAGUACGGUCUCCUUUUGGUUCUUUCGAACAAGGCUCUCUACUCGUACCCUCUCGGUGCGCUCAAUCCCGACGAGCCUGCCCUCUCGAAGAGGCCAAAGAAGAUUCAAAGUCACUGCAACUUCUUCAAGACGGGCAUUUGCCUUGGCAGGCAUCUUGUGUGCUGCGUCAAGUCGUCAGCCCUGUCAACCACCAUCAAAGUCUACGAGCCCAAUGACGCAAUGUCCAAGGGCAAGAAGCAAAAGGGUUUCGGAAAGAUGUUCGCCGGCCAGGAUGAGCUUAAGCCAUUUAAGGAGUUCUACAUCCCUACGGAAUCGUCAUCUGUGCACUUCCUCAAGUCCAAAUUGUGCGUGGCAUGCGCCCGUGGAUUUGAGGUUGUGUCCCUCGAGACCCUUGAGACGCAGUCACUCCUCGACCAGGCCGACACCAGUCUCGACUUUGUCGCCCGCAAGGAGAACGUCAAGCCAAUUCACAUUGAGCGUCUCAAUGGCGAGUUCUUGCUCAAUUACUCUGAGUUUUCCUUCUUCGUCAACCGUAACGGUUGGCGUGCGAGACCGGAGUGGCGUAUCGACUGGGAGGGCACACCGCAGAGCUUUGCCCUCAGCUAUCCUUGGAUUUUGGCAUUUGAGCAAAACUUUAUUGAGCUCAGAAACAUUGAGACCGGCGCUGUGCACAUUGUGCCGCAUAGAAACAUCAGGAUGCUGCAUAGCAGUACCCACGAGAUCAUUUUUGCGUAUGAAGACGAGAAGGGAGAGGACGUUGUCGAAGCCAUUGACUUUUGGAAGAGCAACAGGAGAUCCGAAAUUCCAUGA